GACCAUGGCGGAUGCAGUUGCAAAAGGCGACCCGACGAAAGGAGCGAAGGUGUUUAAACAGAAGUGCGCCCAGUGUCAUACAGUAGAGGCGGGAGGCAAGCACAAGACCGGGCCCAACCUGAACGGUCUGUUCGGCCGCAAGACCGGGCAGGCAGCGGGCUUCUCUUACACUGAUGCUAACAAAAACAAGGGAAUUACAUGGGCUGAGGACACCCUCUGGGUCUACCUGGAGAACCCUAAGAAGUACAUCCCCGGCACUAAGAUGGUCUUCGCUGGCUUGAAGAAGAAGGGCGAGCGAGCAGACCUCAUCUCCUACCUGAAGCAGUCCACCGCUUCUUGAUGCCGGUCCCGAGACGUCUUCUCCUCUGCCACUGCUUCUUACACUUACCUAGUGGUUUUCUUACGUAUCCUAUCUCUAAAGACGAUGUACACGUGUAUUUGUUUGCGCG